AUGGCGAGUACGUCAUCUCCCCCUGCCGAGGCCUCUGCGACCCAGUGGCUAUUCUCGCGUGCGGACCUGGCACAAACGCCCAGUGUCACUGGCUUGUUCCCAGCGCCGGGCACGUCGGAGCCACGGACGGCGCCCACCAUGUCGAGCGAGCAAGAGCGUGUGCUGCGCGGCAAGGGCGUGCACCUGAUCUACAAGAUGGGCGAGUUCUUGCAGGUAGGCCAGCACGUCAUGGUCGCGGCUGCCACCUACUUCCAUCGCUUCUUUAUGCGGCGGCCUCUGCAGACGAGCCGCUCGGGCGCCGGCUGGUCGCACUACGAGAUGGCCGCGACGUGCAUGUUCCUUGCAUGCAAGUCGGAAGAGUCUCUGCGCAAGCUUUCGUCCGUUGUCGAUGCGGCGAUGGCGUCGCUCGACAAGUCGCCGGAGGGCCAGAUGCACUGGGCAGAUCGCUCCUUCCGCGCGAACCACAGCUCGCAUGAGUACGUCAAGUGGCGCGACUGCAUCCUAUUGCACGAAGAGGCGCUGCUCACGACACUGUGCUUUGAUCUUAUUGUACCACAGCCGCACAAGUGCCUGGUUCAGGCUGUCCGGCAGCUCGACGUCGACAAGCCACUCGCGCGUCUCGCCUGGACCGUGCUGAACGACUGUAUGCGAGAUCCGACGUGCCUCUUUUUCGAUGCGCCUGUGCUGGCAGCAGGUGCCUUUCAAAAGGCAUGCGCGCUGCGCAACGUGGACCCGGCCAUGUUCUAUGCGGCGCGCCCCUACGACGCGCCGUCGCCCCGCGACGACGACGACAACUAUUUCGACUGGCUCGAUGUGUUUGACGUCGACGAAGAGGAGGCGCAAGCGGCCGCCGAUGCCAUUACCCAGGACGUAUAUGAGUUCCACACGCCGCUACAGCGCCUCUCGCAGCCUGCAAAAGGGUCGCGGCCCGACGACCGCGCGCCACCUGCGCCGCCGCCCAUUGUCGAGGCAUCCAGCGCCCCAGAACCUGCAGCUCCCACGGACGAGUCGACGCGCCGUGCGCGCUCUCCGUCGCGCGAAUCUGGCGAGAUCUCAAGCUAG